AGGUGGAACUAACGUGAUCGAGUCGCAGCGCCAACACGGACCUAUUACAGUGACGGACAUGUGAGAACCAUUUGAGCAUGGCGUCGGCUCAUUUGUGCAAACUGCACAGUCUCCUAACACGGUUCUGUACCGGCACCGCACUGCGACGUGUUCAAACAUGUCUGGUGCCAGUUCGACAGAAGUCCAGUGACAGUGGACCUUCACUUCAAGGCCCAAACUGUAACGUGGACAUCGGCGUGACUUCCGAUGGGAAAACCAUAGUGUGCUACCAUCCCACUGUCGACAUUCCUUAUGAAUUUACACAACCUAUUGAACGACCUGACCCCACAACCAACACGGUUGAGACCCACGACCAGGUUUUAAAGGCCAACCUCAGCCAGGAGGUGCUGAAGGUCAAAAAGGGGCCCACUAUAGAGGAGCUGAGCAAGAUGUUCUUCACCACCAAACACCGUUGGUAUCCAGUAGGACAGUACCACAUGAGACGCAGAAAAAAGGAUCCUCUGAAGGACAGAUAGACAAACUGCAAAUGUGUGUUCGUGUUACUGUCACAGUGUUGUAUAAUAAACUGUUAAAUAUUGA